CACGCAAUCUACGUACAACCACCGAUACGAUGGAAUACUUUUUAUAUAAUCUUGGCAAAUAUCAAAAUUUGAUAAAAUAAAGGAUUGAAAAUCAAUUUCUCCUCGCAAUUCCACGUUGUUCAAGUUCGACUUACGACCUUCAAACAACGCUCAUUGAGGUUGUUGUUAGUAAGGGGCGUCCCUAAGUGAAGAGACACACCAUGUCCCGAGACAAGUUGGCGGUUCGGGCCUUCGGCGCCUCUAUUGCCAACAGGCUCCGAAGAGGAUCUCUGAAGUGCUGGUCGUGCUGUCGAUCGUUUCGUCGAUGCCGUCAAACAACCCUUCAGCAAUACACCCCUGUCUACUCGCGACUUUGAGAAUCUCUCUGAAUAUCGGAGGCUUUAGGAGGAAGAGCGGUUAACGAAGACUAUGUUCCCAGGCUUUGAAGAUCACUUGAACAUGGGAGUGAGCUCGCCGAAAGCCCCGAAG